CAGUUGUGGGGGUACAUGGGAGCCGCCAUAUACAAGCCGAUAUUGCACAACAUACUUAUUCAGUCAUAUAAUGAAGUUGAUGUUGAGUGGUGUUUGUUGUCCUUCUGUACUUCACUCAGCCAUCGGCAUCAUCCGUUGCAGUACGGUGGCCCUGUGCGGCAACCCCGCAUUUACAUCUCAUACUCUACAGUUCUGCAAAGUACCCCGCCACCAUCAUCAUCGGUCCUCUGCACACAGCCGAUCCUGGCACUCAGUCGCAAAAGAUACUGCUGUCAACAAGAUGAAACAACGGUUUUCUUCCCUAGAUGUUAAGGUAAGUCUGAGUCCCCAUACAUGCUAUAAUCAUCUGGGUUGUGCCUAGCUUCCAAAAAACGGAUCCAGGGCUGACAAUUCAGGUCAUCGCCCACGAACUCUCCAACGCGCUCCUGACCCUCCGAGUCUCCAACAUCUACGACCUGUCGUCGAAGAUUUUCCUCAUCAAGUUUGCGAAGCCUGAGAAUAAACAGCAAAUAAUAAUCGAUUCGGGUUUCAGAUGUCAUCUCACCGAAUACGCCAGAGCUACUGCAGCUGACCAAUCCGACUUCGUCAAGAAAUUACGGAAGGUCCUGAAGACUCGGAGAGUGACGGCUGUCUCGCAGAUUGGCACUGACCGAAUUAUUGAAUUCCAAUUCAGUGAUGGCCUCUACAAAUUGUACCUCGAAUUCUACGCUUCUGGAAAUAUCAUCUUGACGGAUAAAGAGUUAAAUAUUCUAGCACUGCUACGAAUCGUACCGGAAGGAGAAGGACAAGAGGAACUUCGUGUGGGACUCAAAUAUUCUGUGGAUAAUAGACAGAACUAUGCGGGUAUUCCGGCCUUGACUAAGGAACGACUACAAACGGCGCUGCAGAGUGCAGUUGAUCGAGGAGAUGACGGUUUGGUGGCAGGAAAGAAGGCAAAGAAGAAGGGGGCAGAUGCUGUACGAAGAGCCUUGGCUGUCUCCAUCACUGAAUAUCCUCCGAUGCUGGUCGACCAUGCAAUGCGGGCAAUGGAUUUCGAUGCUACCCUGAAGCCUGCAGAGGUUCUUCAAAACGAGUCGCUUCUGGAUAAUCUCAUGCGAUCACUACAAGAGGCGCAAAGGGUCAUUGAGGAGAUUACGAGCUCGAGCGUUGCCAAGGGAUACAUAAUAGCAAAGAAGAAGGACGGGUACGAGGAAACACCAGAGGAAGGGAAUGCGCGAAAGGGCCUGCUGUAUGAAGACUUCCAUCCCUUCCGCCUACAGCAAUUUGAAGGCGACUCUGCGACAAAGUUUUUGGAGUUUGAAGGCUUCAAUACAACGGUGGAUGAGUUCUUCUCUUCGAUCGAGGGUCAAAAAUUGGAAUCCAAACUACAGGAACGUGAGUCAAAUGCCAAACGAAAGAUAGAAGCAGCUCGACGGGACCAAGCAAAACGACUCGAUGGAUUGCAGAAGAUACAGGCACUAAACGAACGAAAAGCUGCUGCGAUUGAGGCAAAUGUUGAGCGCGUACAAGAAGCUAUGGAUGCAGUCAAUGGUCUGAUCGCGCAAGGAAUGGACUGGGUAGAGAUUGGCAAGCUUAUUGAGGUCGAGAACAAGAGGGGCAACCAGGUCGCAUCCAUGAUCAAGCUUCCGUUAAAACUACACGAAAACACCGUCACGUUGUUAUUGAAUGAAGAAGUAUAUGACGAAGAAGAAGAUUCAGCCUAUGAAACCGAUGGAAAUAUUUCUGAUAGCGAAGACGAGGGUCCAAAGCAAAAAGAAGCAAAGCAGAAGGGAGUCGAGAAGAGAUUGUCAAUUGAUAUCGAUCUUGGAAUAUCUCCGUGGAGCAAUGCUCGCGAGUACUACGACCACAAGAAGAUGGCUGCUAGCAAAGAAGUGAAAACACUGCAAUCUUCAAACAAAGCACUGAGAAGUCAGGAAGCUAAAAUCGCACAGGACCUGAAGAAGGGAUUGAAACAAGAAAAGGAUGUCUUACGACCCGUCCGAAGACAAAUGUGGUUUGAAAAGUUCACUUGGUUCAUUUCUUCUGACGACUAUCUUGUUCUUGGCGGUAAAGAUUUUCAACAAGCUGAAAUGCUGUACAAGAGAUAUAUGAGAAAAGGGGAUGCAUACCUUCACGCUGAUAUUCGUGGAGCGGCUGUGGUAAUUGUUCGCAACAAUCCAAAAACACCAGAUGCCCCAAUUCCUCCUUCAACUUUGUCACAGGCUGGAAGCUUGGUUGUCUCGUGUUCAGAUGCUUGGGACUCGAAAGCCGGCAUGUCUGCUUGGUGGGCAAACGCAUCGCAAGUCUCCAAGGCUGCUCCAGGUGGUGAUUUCUUGCCGGCUGGAAGCUUUUCUGUAAGUGGAAAGAAAAACUUUCUACCUCCAGCUCCAUUAUUACUUGGAUUCGGGGUAAUCUUCCGUAUCAGCGACGAGUCCAAGUCACGACAUAUGAAACAUAGAGUUGUUGACGAUUCGCCAUCUGUCACCGAAACUACCAGCAGUGUUACCGACGAAAGGGAUGCAGAUGAAUUAGCUAGCAGCGCUCCUACAUUAGUGUACGAUAGCGGGAGUGAUGAUGGAGAGGAUCGGGAAUUAGAGGAUGAAGAUGUGGAGCCAAAAUUGAAUCCUCUUCAAACACAAGCUGCUAUUGAACAACAUAUUUCAGAUGCGGAUGAUCAGGAACAGGAUAUUACAAAACGCGUGGGAGAACUUGCAAUAGUAGCAAAAUCCGAAUCACCUGAGCUCAAGUCUCCUUCGCAUCACCCCGACGUGUCUGACGAUGAGAGCGAAGGACCGACGGAUCAUAAUAUAACCACCGACACACAAACACCAAAUCCACAAAAUGGCAACAAAAAGGGUGGUCCAGCCCCAGUGAAACGUGGCAAGCGAGGAAAAGCAAAGAAAAUGGCCACCAAAUACAAAGAUCAAGACGAAGAAGACCGACUUGCAGCACAACAACUAAUUGGUUCCACUGCUGGUCAAGAGAAAGCUCGCGCAGAAUCAGAAGCAAAAGAGAAGCGGGAGCUAGAACUUGCUUUCCAAAAAGAGCGCCGAAGAGCCCAACAUCAACGCUCGCAACAAGAAACUGCUGCUCAUGAAAAGUUACGCAAAGAAAAGAUGGAGCAAGGGCUUGAUGAUGUUGACGAUGCUGAGGAAGAAAAGAUGGCAGCGCUUGAUUCCUUGGUUGGAACUCCACUUCGUGGCGAUGAGAUCCUGGAGGCUAUCCCAUUUUGUGCUCCGUACUCGGCAAUGGGGAAAUUCAAGUAUAAAGUUAAGCUUCAACCUGGAGCUCAGAAGAAGGGAAAGGCUAUUAAGGAGAUUCUUGGCUGGUGGUUGGCUGUUUCUACUACCAGGGGUGUCAUAGAUAAGAAGAGUGAGGAUGGAGAGAAGAUGUGGCCUAGGGAGGUGGAGUUGUUGAAGGGAUGGAAGGUAGAGGAGAUUACUAAUACAAUUCCUGUGAGUAAGGUUCGGGUUAUGAUGGCUGGGGGUAGUUUGAGUGCCGCGAAUGCGAAGGGAAACCAAGGGAAGGGCAAGGUUAGUGGGAGGGGAGCUAAGAAGAGAUAG